ACUGCUGGAUCUCCACAGGCAGUGGAACCGUGGCUGUCGUUCUGUGCGUGAGCGAGGGACCUCGGUUUGUCCGUGUAUUCGCAUGCUACCUGCAAAAACAGACCAAAGGCUGCUGGUUACAGAAGAGGAUUAAGGGGUAGGAGGUUGCCUCUGCGCUACAGUGGGUAGAGAUAAGGACCCAGGGUUUGUCUCUGUGGCUCAGAGAGAGGUUCAGCGGAGAGAAGGUGGAGAGAAGCUGGGAGCAGGAGACCGAGCAGGUGAGGAUGUCCUUCGCAAUGGUUCGCGCGUCUCCUGCUCAUUCACUCUACUCCAACAUCAGCAUACUCUCGGAGGACGACGAGAAUGGCAGCGAAAGCUCAGGGUCUGAGGACAGAUCUGUCCGCGUGUCCGCCGCCGGCUGUGGUGCGGUCAGAUCGCACCCGCGCAAACGUAAAUACGGCUGCCGGCUGUCGCCCGCAUCCCCGCCUCUCUGCCCGCCGGUCUCCGAGGUCCGGCAGCGCAACGCAGCCAACGCCCGCGAACGGGACCGCACCAACAGCGUCAACGUGGCCUUCACCGCCCUGCGGACGCUUAUACCCACCGAGCCCGUCGACCGCAAGCUGUCAAAGAUUGAAACGCUGCGGCUGGCCUCCAGUUACAUCUCGCACCUGGAGAACGUGUUGUUAGUGGGGGAGGCGUGUGGAGAUGCGCAGCCCUGCCAUCGGAGCCCCGGAGCCCUGGAUGGCCACCUCCAUAACUCUCACAAGCCCCCUGCCCUGAGCCUGGACUCAGAGAACUCCCAGCCCAGACAGAUCUGCACCUUCUGCCUCAGCAACCAGAGACGACUGAACAAAGACAGAGAAAGAAAAGCAGCCAUAAGAAGUUAAUGCGAGAGAACGUGCAGCAGAGAGAUGGGAUCUGCAACUUACAACUGUUCUGUAAUGUGUUGCAAGUAAGCUGUUUUACUUAGCAACAUCCUACAUAAAGGCUUCUUUACCCGGUAACUGCGCACCUCUGGAGGGUUUGCAUCACUGUGGACAUAGGCAGCUACUGGCCUUCAUUUUGCCAUGUGGAAGAGCUUUGAGGGCCUCACACUGGCAGCGGUAGGGUUUGUGAGACACACCACACGUUAAGACUCCAGUUCCACCAACAAGAAGACGAUGGACUACACAGGACUGCCCAGAGGUAGGAAGACAACUCCUGAUGUUGAAAAUGGGUCAUCACGAGGAAGCAAUCAGUCAUCAGUUGCAUUAAGGUGAACCACUUCAGUGGUGACCUGCUCAAGCUCCAUAUGCAGGAGUGGAAGGACAUAUAUUGGAUACAUGAACAUUAGCCCUUCACUGAUUUGGUUUGUUUUGCAAUGUGAGUAUGAAACACUGCGCAAAUUUGGAUGAUAUCAAGUAAAUAAUAAUAUUUACUCAUGCAGCAGUUCAGUGCUCCAGCUUGAUAUGUUUGGUUCUAUUAGUACCGUUGGUGGUAAUUUUCUGAAGUUGUAAAUGAAAUAAGAGAGAGAGAGAGAGAGAGAGAGAGAGAGAGAGAAAGAGAGAGAGAGAGAGAGAGAGAGACACACACACACAGAAAGAGAGAGAGAGAGCGAGGGAAACAGGUUUAGUUCACACAUAGCAUCGGAUGAGAUCUGCAGGUAAUGUUCUAGCAGACUGUCUAUCACAUACUGUCCUCUACUUUACCUUUGGGUUCUAUUACACACACACACAAACACACACACACGCACACACACACACACACACACACACACACACACACACACACACACACACACACACACACACACACAGUGAGCAAUAGCAAGAGAAGCAAUGCAUAUGUGCAUUCUCCCUUCAAGUAGAGCAAUUCCCUCUAAUAUCCACCCACUUUAAUUCUUCAUACAGAUCUUUCUUAUUGUCUUAUGUAUGAUGCAAAUUCAAGCUUGAGAUCACAGCUAGCUUUUAACUCCUGGUCCUUCACCCUUCAAAAUCUGCUACCUGCUUUCAAGCGUUUGGCAAGGUUUGGACAGUAAUUAGACAGUAACUACAGAACCAUUGUACCUCACCAGUUGUUUUUUUUUUUUUUUUUUCUUGUCUAGUCCAACAAAUACGAUACAGGAACACAUUCUUGAACUAGUUGCUAGAUUAUCCCUGUCACUGGUGUGACAUUAUACUGCAGGAUGUUUUUGAAAGGCAAGGCUAGCUUUGCAUAGAACAUACGGCAGGGCUCCGCACAACUCAUCAGACCCAUCUGCUUCAGGUUGGCCAUAUCUGGUCCAGUGGAGACUUUGUGAACUGUAACACGUCUAGUGUCCUCACAUCAUUGAGCUCCGUUCUUCCUUUUCUGUCUGAACCCUUUAUCCAACAACAACAUGGGCCGAUCCUCUCCCACGGCAGUGACAUGGCCUGCCCGAGACCCCCACUGGGGCAGGUGGAGGGAUACUGGCUGCCCAGGUUCAAUGGGAGCUCGUUGUAGGGGUGUUAUUGUUCACGUUGCACCGUAGCCUGUCGGUUGCAGCGAUUGACACUUGCGGGGGCAGACGCUGGAGGCCAAUGAAGGGCAGAAAGUCUCAUUAUUUGUGGUUUCUGAAAGACAUCAAUCAAAUGAGAUACAGCACCAACUGACUCUGCGAUGACAUAAAGCUGUAAUUUAUGAGUGGUUGAACUCCUGGUUCCUGUGACAGAAUCCCUGAAGAUGUAUAAUUUUAAUGUCAACACCAAACCCUUUUUUUCCCGACGUAG